AUGAUGCGCACAUCCGACCCUCGAAUCCGCCAAACCCUGAAUAAUAUUUCUCACAAUCUCGAAUCAGCAAACGAGAGCGCCCAAGAAGGCUUCUACAGAUUCAGCCAACAAUAUCUAGCGCCGUGCUUCGCUUCCAUCGGGAACUGUCUGGCAGAAUGUACAGCUCCGUGUUUACCGAAUCGCGAAACCCAAGCGCGGCGUCGCAGGCGAGGUCGCGCUGAACUCAACUUUGACUUCUACGACGAUUGGGAUAAUGAGAGCGCUAAUGACGGCAUUCUGGGCUGGGGUAAUGACGAAUUAGACCGGCUGCUGGCAGGCAGUGGGAGCGUACGAGGCGGAGCCCAGCAACCCCGACGUCAGCGGAAAAUGAGCUAUGGCGCUGCUCGUACGAGACGGAAAAGUUCUAUUCUCCCGGACCGCACAGAUGACCCUACGGUGAUCCCGAAAUCUUCGCUUAUCGGAUUCUUGGAACGUCUUCCAUGGCAAUUCGGUCCGCGAGGGGUUAAAUAUCGUCCCUCGGCAGCUGAUUUGCAGGAAAGGCCUGGGCGAUUACCACAUGACGAUGAUUAUCCUCACCAAGAAGGCACCGAGGCUCAGCCGCUAAUUGAAGAAGAUGAAGAGGAGGAGGACGCGGGGCAACGGGCUAUUGAUGGAGGACCGAGCAGAGAUUCAAUAAACAAGGGAAAGAAAAACUACCGCGGUCGUAGCACGACACAGUCAUCACAGGAUACGAGCAAUUCUCUAAGUUCUAGGGGAGAUCUUAUUUUCGACGACGAGGACGAAGAUGCGGUUCCUUUGGAUGACGAGUUCGCUGUUACAUUGGCGCGUCGAAAUACGGGACUUACUUCAGACGAACAUUUUGCUGGAAUCGCAGGCCGAUCGAGGCGAACAACGUCCGCCCAGUCAAUCAGGAGCGCGAAGAGCAGGGUUGAAGCUGCACGUAGCGCUGAGAUUGCGUCCAUGGCCGAGUUGUCCAAGGAGGAACGGGAAGCGGAAGUGGAAGAAGAGCUAGAAGUUGUGCGCAGGCGCAGUGCAGCUCAACAGCUGGCCAUCAGCCAGGGAUUGGUUCAGGAUCAGACGUCCCAGGUUACUCCAGCGCCAGACUUUCCCAGCGCGCCGGAGAUGCACCGGAGCCAACCAUCUUCUAUACAAAAUGAUGAUAAACCAACAGAACCCUUUCCUUCUUAUCCGAUGACACCAACGUCGCAGAGAUCUACUACUCCGCUUUCCGUCAAGGACCAGGAGGUCGAACUCGAUGCAGAGGCUGACGAUGAAAAUAAAGACCACACAAACUAA